AUGUACAACAAGAAUCAAUCUACUUUUAAUAAAUUUGACAAUAAAAAAGUUAAACGUAAUGAUGGGACUAAAAGUACGGCAAAAAUAAUACGAAAAAAACGAGAUCGUUCUCAAAAUUCAGAAAAACUGUUAACAAAACAGUUAUCAAAAAAAAAGACAAUAAUAAAAUUAGAAUGUGACAAUGAAACACCGGAAACGACGGCAACAACAGCAGACGGAAAGACAAAUGGAAAAAGAAGAUAUGGCACUCAUUCUACAAACAAGACAAAGUUAAAACGUUCUUCAUUAAAUAAUUCUGCACUAUUGUCUACUGUGACGAAUGUCAAAGAAUUCAUGUCCCUUGUGAUGUAUAAAGAUAAUCCUCCGCCAUGGUUGAAAGAACGAGAUAUUUACAAAGAAUAUAUGACAAAGUCAAACAAUAACCAAAAGUCAAAUAAUGAUGGACCAAAAAGUUUAGCAUUUUAUGCGAAAUCAUCUUCUGAUUGGCAAAAGUGUCCUUCACUAUUACUAUCACCAGUAAAAACUGACGUUGAUACAAAAAAGUCUAUUAGUUCACCGUUAUCAAUUCAAGCUGACGUUAAAAUCAAACCUGCUCAACAGAUAACAUGUACUUCUCGUUCAUCUGUUGAAGAGGAGCCUGUACUUCGAAUUAAACGUGAACCACAUUCACCACCUCAACCACUUGAUCUAUCAUGUUCAUCUUUACAAUUUAAAUUACAACAAAAUGUUAAACAAGAAAAACAAGAUACAUUAUUAGUUCUUGAAAAAACAAAAUUAUCAUCACCGAUCAAAGAUGAUUUAUCAUUUCGAAAAUUAAAACAUAAUAAAUCUAAAAUAUACGAAUCACCAAAAAGAAAUUUAUGUAAAAAAAAACGAGAAGAUCCAUUUGAUAGAUGUCGAAAAAAAUCACGAAGUGUACGAAUAAAUAGCGUUGAAACAGAAGAAUUAUAUCAAAAAAAAAGUACUAGUUGUUCAACAUCACCAGAAUUAUCAUUAUCUUAUCGUCGUACGAGUCGUAGUCCGCGUAGUCCCGAAUAUGUUCGCCAUCAUUUAUCACCAAUAAGAAUGCCCUGUUCUCCACCAUUAAAAACAGUAAAACGUAAAUCAUCUCCAAUAACAAUUGGUAUUAAACGAAAAUCAUCAACAUGUAAUUUUAAUAACAAUAAUCGACGACGAUCACCACGUGUUUGGGCACCAAACAGAAAAGUAUGCUCAUUCUUUUUUUGUUGCUGUGAUAAAUGAUAUUAAGACUAACUGCCAUUAUAAAUUCCCGAAAAAGUAACGGAAGAAAAGUUUUGAACAAUACACAGAAAAACAAAAUAUAUAUAUAUAUAAGACUAACAUUGAUUAUUCAACUUUUAUAUAGAAAUCGAUCCAACGUGGAUAAAAUAAUCAUUUUCUCUUCAUUUAAUCUGUUUGCCGGUAUAUUUAUCGCUGUAGUUUUUCUCCCAUGUUUUUGUUUUUUUUCUUCUUCUGUAAUGAACACUUGUCUCAGGAAUACGACUACUACUGUUUCUUGUAGAAAAUAAGAGAUAAGAAAUUAUUUUUUUCAAUCGAAUUUUUGUUCUUAAUUUCAUACAAGAUUCUUAAUUGUUCUCUUAUUGAGAAUAGAUUUAAUAUUAUUAAUUGUGAUAUUAACUUUUUUUCGUUUCUUUUUUUUUUUUGUAUAAAAAAUUAUUUUUGUUUUGGUGAAAUAUACAUCAGAAUUUAUGAAAUUUCUAUGCAGUUUUUCGUUAUAUGGAAAAUCACCACACCUCGAUUGAUAAAUAACCGAACGUAAGUAUGCAAAAGAAUACUUAUUAGACCUUUGCUCUAAUGAGGGGACCUCGCGAACUGUCACAUCGCUUUUUCAGCCAAAUCUAGUGGGUUAUACAUUAUCAACUAUGCUGAAUCCGAAUAUCAUAGUGGUAGCCGCUCAGGAACCUUCAGCGAUCGAUUUUCUGGAAAACAAGUUUUCCACAAACUCUAAAAAGUAACCAAAACCUUUCUUAAUGAGCCAUGAUUGUAGCCC